UCACUGAGAUAGAAUUUUGUCUGGAUCAUAUGCGUGUCUGAUUAACUGAUUAACAAUGUCUUACAAACCGUCCCACUUGCAUGAAGUUCACAAGUUGGAAUCAGUAAAUUACUAGUGUCCCCAUGUCAUAGCUACUUCCAUGACCAAUCCCUUUGGAAAUCUCAACCUUUUGACCUUAAUUCAUAGGUUAAUCACUUCUUCUCUCACUUGUUUGUUUUAGAUCACCAUUUGUCUCACUUGUGCUUGCAUCUCCAUGGUGUUUACCCAACCAAUUUUAGGUCGUUGAGGACGGCCAUCUUCUCGGGCAGUUGUAGCGUGACGGCGACGGCCGGGCAGCCUUCCCUGAUUCCUCAUCAGUGAGAACAGCAUCAGUUGCAGCUGCUUGGCUUUGCUCCUCUUCCCAUUUUGUCUCCCAUGGAGUACCAAACCAUGCAACCACCACCAGAGUCCACCGCCGGCGACAUGAUCCCGGAGUGCCUCCGCCUUCUUGCCGAGCUCCCCGCCGCGGCAGCUUCCUCUCCGGCCUUCCGCCGCCACUGGCCUUCCAUCUCCGCCUCCCUCUCGUCGCUCUCCGCGUCCCUCUCCCACCCCGCCUUCCCGCCCUCCGCGACGCUCCUCGGCCCCCUCGUGUCCACUCUCUCGGCUCUCAUGUCCGUCUGCGGCGGCCCUCCCCUCGGCCACCUCCACACCGUCUCGCUCCUCUCCUCCUCUGCGGCCUCGCUCUCCCAGCUCGCAGCCGACGCGCGCCUGCUCGCCUCCCCGGCCGAAGGUGAUGGGCUCGAGUCCGACGGCCUGCUCCCCCGCCUCCGGCUUGGCUCCUUCGUCUCCCGCGCCGCGGCGCUCGACUCGCUCGCCGAGUCUGUCCGGUCGUCCGAGCCGGCGUCGUGCUCUGCCGCUGCUGUGUCCGCGGUCGCCGCGAUGCUUGACUCCGGCGACAUCCUCCCGGCUACCCGCGACAAGGCCGUGUCCGUGCUGGCUGCCUUCGUGUCCUCCGAAGCCGCGUGCCGAUUCCUGGAGCAGGAGUCGGGCACCGUCGUGCCCCACCUCUGCCGAGCGCUGGAGUCCGGCGGCGCCAGCGCCGAGCAGGCGUGCGUCGCGCUGGAGCCACUCACCGCCUCGUCGCGUGACGCGUCGGCGAGCGUCUCGGCUCGUGGCGGCGUGGCCGCGCUCCUCGUGGCCUGUGCAGCCGGCACCCCGGCCUCGCAGGCCGCGGCCGCGGGCGUGCUCCGGAACAUGGCCGCGUUCCCGGACCUGCUCCCCGCGUUCCGUGACGAGGGCGCGAUCCCCUUGCUGGUGCAGCUCGUCUCGCUCGGCACCCCGCGGGCGCAGGAGCACGCGCUGGGCUGCCUCCGGAACCUAACGGCCAGCGACGGCGACGAGGGGCAGAGCCUCAAGGUCGAGGCGUUCCAAGCAGGCGCCCUCGCAUGCGUCAAGGACUUCCUGGACUCGUGCCGCGGGGACGAGCCAGGCCUCGCGCCGGCGUUCGGGCUGCUCCGCAACAUGGCCUCCUUCCGUCUGAUCGCGGAGAUAGCCAUGUCCGCCAGCUUCAUCAGCCACGUUGUGGCCGCGCUGGGCAGCGACAACACCAGCACACGCACGGAGGCCGCCAUGGCGCUGGCGGAGCUGUGCAACGUCGGCGGCAAGGCGAGGGAGGAGGUCGGGGACGCGAUGCCGAGGCUGGUGUGGAUGCUGGAGGCCAAGGCCGUGGCCGAGAGGGACGCGGCCGCGAGGGCGCUGGCCUCGCUGGUCGCCGCGAGCGGCAGCUACAGGAAGCUGUUCGGGAAGGAGGAGAUGGGCAUCGUGAACGUGGUCCGGCUGCUGGACCCGGCCGUGCGGGGCGGCGACAAGCGGUUCCCCGUGGCGGUGCUGCUGGCAGUGUCGCGGUCCCGGCGGUGCCGGAAGCAGAUGGUGGCCGCCGGCGCGUGCGGGUUCGUGCAGGCGCUCCUGGCAGCCGAGGUAGACGGCGCCAAGAAGCUCUCCGAGUGCCUCGGCCGGGGCAAGAUGCUCGGCGUGUUCCCCCGGACAUGACAUGACGGCGAUCAUUAUCGAUCUUGUGCCAAUCUCAAUCAACGGAUUCUCCAAGUCUGUACAUUCCAAUGAUGAUUGUUUAGUCAGUGUGCGUAAAAGAAAUAAGAACACGGAAAAGAUUGUAAUUAAUCUCUGGUGUGAAGAAAUCAAAAUCUUCCUUCACCGUCGAA